AUGGAUUCAGAUUCAGAUGUAGAACCUGGUGGUUCGAUAGCAAAUCGUGGGCCUGCCGUCCUGGCCGUCACAACAGCAACUCUGGUCCUUGCCUCGGUCUUCGUCUUCGCGCGCAUGAUCUCUCGCUACUUCAUCGUCAAGAGAUUCACUUGGGACGAUAGAAUUAUCCUCUUAGCGUGGCUCAUCUCUUUCUUCUUGUCCUUCACCAUCUGCUUCGGCGUCGCCAACGGACUCGGAAAACACGACACCGACAUCCCUACAUCGCAAAUACCCACUCUUCGCCGCUGCGAAUAUGUCUUCUCUAUUCUUUAUAAUCCGGCCUUGAUGGCUACGAAAACGAGCAUCCUCAUCUUCUACUUACGCUUGGCUAGAAACACCCAGAUGGUCCUGCGCUUCGCUUCAUGGCUCACUCUCAUCAUUGUCAACAUUGCAGGGGUUGUCCUCACCUUCAUGAAUAUCUUUCAGUGUACGCCUGUACAAGCUGCUUGGAACGCAAAUUAUCAGGGCUCGACGAAAUGCAUCCCCCUCCUCACCGAAUUCAUCUGUUCCUCUCCCGUCAACAUUGUUACAGACCUUGCUAUUCUUGCGCUGCCGAUCCCUGUCUUGACUGGCAUGCGGCUACCCUCGCGGCAAAAGACCAUUCUCGUAUUUACCUUUACACUUGGUAUUUUCGUUGCCGUCGUAGACGUUGUCCGAAUCUAUUACCUUCAGCAGGCCAUCGCCGACGUUCCUACUGGAAUCACCUCUGAUCCUACCUCGAGGUUUGGCGGCCAAGCCGACUUUGCCUACAAUGCAUCACUGGCGCUCAUGUGGAGCGCCGUUGAGGUCAAUGUGGGUACAACUUGCGCCUGCAUUCCUACCUUGAAACCUCUUGUUCUGCGACUUCUGCCCUCCAUGCUCUACAACCCCAAGAACAAGAAUGGCAAUGGCACCAGGGCCAGCCCGAGCACUACCAGUGAUAAAAGCCAGAGCCAGCGACCUUCUGAUAACCAGUCACUGGGUAACAAUAACGCAUCGGGGGUGAUCAAACCGGAACCCGUUGCCCACGGUGCCCUUGGGGGCCGACAACACGCCAGCCCUGGUCCAGAUGCGCCCAUGAGUGCCAUGGAGUUUUUGACCACUCCCGAUAUGACGACCCUUGGAGACCAUCUCGCCCCCCCGACCAAUUCUUCUGCCAAUCGUUCUGCUAUUCGCUCCCGCACCACUAAUACGGUCUCGACCGACCAUUCCUACGAGAAUGGCAUAUACUUUGGGUUCGUCAACAUGACAAAGCCCAAGAGCAUGCUUCGAGCCAACAAAAAGGAAUCCUGGAAGUAUUGCACCAUUGUGGCCAUUCUCUUCUUCUUGUGGGGUAUUUCGUACGGAUUGCUCAACACGCUCAAUAAUGCAAUUGCUGCGGUGAACCACAUGAGCACAGCUCAGACGAUCGGCCUGACGAGUGCUUAUUUUGGCGGCGGCUACUUCUUUGGUCCUCUACUUGUUGGUGAGUGGAUUCUGCGACGGGACGAACAUAGCCGAUCCAAGCGCCAUCGGCAGAAUGACGAAAACAUUGGGGGCUACAAAGCGACAUUCAUCACUGGCUUGUGCAUUUACGGCACUGGCACCAUCAUCUUCUGGCCUUCUGCCGUGACCAAUUCUUUUGGUGGCUUCAUGCUUAGCAACUUUGUCGUUGGCUUCGGGCUUUCGGUGCUCGAAGUUGCUGCCAACUCCUUCAUGGUGCUCUGUGGGCCUCAGCAAUACGGCGAGACUCGCCUGAUGCUGGCGCAAGCCGUACAGGGCGUCGGCAGCGUGCUCAGCGGCCUUUUGGCACAAAAGGUCUUCUUCACAUCGCUGAGCAGUGUUGAUCCGAGUGGCCGAAAUAGCAGUACCACGCUGAUUAAUGUUCAGUGGACAUACCUCGGCAUCACUCUGCUGUGCGUUGUGCUCGCCCUUUUCUUCUACUACAUGCCGUUGCCCGAGGUUAGCGACAGCGAGCUUGAGGAGUCGGCCAAGCUGCUGCCUGUUGAUCCGUGUAAGAAGAGCAUCGGUGGUCUGCAGCUGCGAACCAUCAGUCUCAUUCUAGCCGUCAUGGCCCAGUACAUGUAUGUGGGUGGCCAAGAAAGCAACAGCACCUUUUUCAACAGUCUGCUCGUCUCUAUUAUACCUGGUCAGCCCAAGUCCGGCAUGCAGGCUACAAGCGUUGGACACACGGUGUUCGCCGUCUCGCGCUUCAGCAUCAUUCUCUGUUUCAUAUCGGCUCUCCUUUGUGUCCUCCUGAAGCCUUCCAACCCAAAUCUGUUAUUUAUUCCUGCUUGUUUGUUUUUCUUUGGCGAAGGCCCCAUUUGGCCCCUUAUUUUCGCUAUUGGCAUGCGUGGCCAAGGCAGGAGAACCAAACGGGCGGCCGCCUUUAUUACCAUGGGUGCUUCCGGCCCUCUAUUUUUUCCCUUUAUCAUGUACGGCAUUAUUGUACGGGGCGGCACUGUGCAGACGGCGUUUAUACUCAUUGUAGCCAUGCAAGUGGCAAUGAUGGCUUUGCCGAUUUUCCUUACCUACGUCACAGAUGCACGCCUGAUGGUGGAUCCGCGUCCAUCACGCCGCGUGUUGCGCAAGGAGGGGGGGCGUCCCAUGGACGAAGCGCUUGCUGAUGUGGUGGUUGCCGAACCGGAGCCUCGCGGUACCGACUCUGCUACUAUUACUGUUGAUUUUUUCAGAGAACCCGGAGUUGCGGAAAAAUCUCAUCGUGGAUUUCUGGACAUUGUUACUAAAGGCUUGGGCGCAAAACUAAACGGGGCUCGACGCAAGUCUUCACCUACUCUCGAAGUAGAACAUAGCGAAGGCAGCAUCGACGCUUAG